AGCCCGCCAAACGAAAGAACGAACGAACGAACGAACGAACGGCGCUUCAGCCGCCUGAAAACGUCAGCUGACGCGCUUCUAGACGGUCUCAGAGAUCGGGUCCUCGGGAAAAAACAACACCCAUACUGAAGCAAGUGAAUGUACGCGACGGUAGACGAGGAUAGGAGUCAGUCUAGUAUUCGGGACUAGAGAGAGCUGGGAAGUAUUGGAAUCGGUCGGUAGAUUGUCCCUUUGGACCCGGAUACCUCACAUCCUCGGGGUCUUCAGUGUGUUGUGUACGCUACUGGCAGUUGCCACGCCAUUGGAUUCAGAGGGAUCAAAACAAUUCCUCAUUCUAUCUGUAACCCCUUUGACGGAGCUGAGACGUGCCUAGUGUUGAAAUGAAAGUGAACCCAUGUGAGUGAGAGUGAACUAAUAUAAUAACGUUCCAAGUGCUUUGCUGCCAGAGCUCUUCACAGAAUCGAUUGAUUCUGUUAUCGAGAACAAGAUCAAGUGAAGCCUUGUAAUGCGUGAAUUUUGAGUGAAAGGACCCUCCGUCAAGGUUUCGUGAACCCAAAUGAACAUUCCGUACGUUGAGGUCUCUCCUAGUCAAAAGCAAUGGUAGACUGACAAUCGGUAGAUUGGUUGUACUCGGCAAAUUUGGCAGCAUGCCUUGGUUCAAUCAAUCCGUUCAUUUAGUGCUCGAAAACCAUGGGAGAGCAAGUGUUUGCCUUUCUUUUCCUGGUGUUGGCUCAUCAGACGUACUGUCAAUUUACUGAAGGUUAUUGUUCCAUCGACGACAAGGGUUGUAACCUGGCUAUUGACGAAUCCCUAAAUGAAUUGGACCAGGAUGAUCCCAAACUCAUCGAAAUCAUCCGAACCAAGUACUUGACACCUCCUUCCACCAAAGGAUACGACUUUGAUUAUAGCACGAGGUUUCGUUCGGAUGAUGAGGACCAAUAUCCGUACAUCCAAGGCCAAUAUCUACAACCUCCUCUCAUAGAUAAGCUCUUCAAUCGAUCCAAAUGGGAUGGAUUCUUUAUUGAAGCCGGUGCUCAUGACGGAUACCUCAUUUCCAACAGCCUUUACUUUGAGCUCAAGUACAAUUGGACCGGGUUACUGGUCGAGCCCAAUCCCAAGAUUCAGUCCAAAUUGGCUCAAAGUGGACGAAAAGCUUGGACACUUCCCUAUUGUUUCUCCACGAAGACCAGACCUGAAGUGGUGAAAUUCCAUGUCCAAGGCCUUCUUGGCGGGAUUGUGAACACGGCCAAGAAGACGGAAGAACAGACCACCAAUCGCGAUAUGAUUCAGAUCCAGUGCUUUCCAUUGUACUCGGUUCUCAUGGCUUUAGGCAACCCCCGAGUGGACUACUUCACUUUGGAUAUUGAAGGAGCCGAGCUCCAAGUUCUGGAAACUAUUCCUUUCGAUAAAGUGGAUAUUCAAGUGCUGGACAUCGAGAUGAAUCACGUAGGGGAAGUUUUCGAAGGCUCCAGGAACGAUAUCAGGAACCUUCUGCACAAGAACGGAUACAGGCUGUGGCAAAAAAUGUCCAUUGACGAGGUCUUUGUCAAGGAGGACUUCUACCAAAGACUUUUAGCCAACCAAUAACCCAGAUGGGACUUCGUUGUGAUGGAUUGACCGAGCAAAUAAAGUGGUCAGAGCUUGAAGUGAAAGAAAAGCGAGGGACCGGAGGCCAAUGUGCCAAGGUCAAGGGCAAUAUUUUCUCUUUUCUUUUUCGUUAAUGUUCUCGAUGAUUUCACUUGUGACGCCAAUAAAUGUGGAAAAUAAAUCCCAGUUUUGUUUGAACAAUAACAAUCUAUUGGUAGAAUUUU